CCCACCCGCUCCUACCAAAGCUGCUCUCAUCAACCUCUGCCUCCGCGACACGACGAGCAAGAGGAAAACCCGGACACGCCUCCCUCCACCGACUUCAUCUCUCUCACCAUGCUGCGCGCGGCGGGGAAGAGGCUGCUGAUCGGCGCGGCGACAACCCGCCCGUUCGCCGGCGCCGGAGGCUCCUCCUCCUCCGCGGCGGCGCCCGCUGUAGCGGCGAGGCGGGGGUACCACGAGCGGGUGGUGGACCACUACAGCAACCCGCGCAACGUCGGGGCGUUCGACAAGGAGGACGCGGACGUCGGCACGGGCCUCGUCGGCGCGCCGGCCUGCGGGGACGUCAUGAAGAUGCAGAUCCGCGUCGACCAGGCAUCCGGCAGGAUCGUCGACGCAUGCUUCAAGACCUUCGGCUGCGGCUCCGCCAUCGCCUCUUCCUCCGUCGCCACCGAGUGGGUGAAGGGAAAGCAAAUGGAAGAAGUGGUAGCGAUCAAGAACACAGAGAUCGCCAAGCAUCUGUCCCUGCCACCAGUGAAGCUCCACUGCAGCAUGCUCGCCGAGGACGCCAUCAAGGCCGCCGUGAAGGAUUACGAGGCAAAGAAGGGGAAGUCGGCCAAGGCUGACGAGUAG